AUGGCCGACGAGAAGAAUGACGACAUCAUUUCCCCCGCGGCAGCGCACAGCAGCACAUCCAGCAUCCGAGAUGAGAAAGCGGGAAUUAUAGACGACGGCGAGAUUUUCAAGAGAGGAGAGGGGAUUGAGGAUUUUAGAACCGUGUCAUGGGUCCAGACGACUGUUAUUUUGCUGAAGCUCAUCUUCGCAACGGGUGUUCUCACCAUUCCAUCUGCCAUGUACACGCUCGGUUCUUUCCCUGGUGCGAUCAAUGUCCUGGGCUGGCAAGGUCUGAAUACCUGGUGUGCUCUCGUCCAAGGCCAAUUCCGAAACAACCACCCCGGUUGCCACUCCAUCGCCGACAUGGGCCAAUUAGUCGGCGGCCGCAUCGUCAAAGAGAUAACCGGCAUUCUCUUCCUCGUCGCCUUCGUCAUCGUUGCCGCCUCGGGCAUAGUCGGCGUAUCAACAGCACUAAACGCGUUAUCCAACCACUCGCUAUGCACAAAUUACUUUUCCAUCAUCGCGGCACUGACGGUUGGAUUAUGCGCUAGCGUGCGCAAGUUUGAGAAGAUCGCUUGGAUUACAUGGGCGGGAUUCGCGUCGGUUUUCAUCGCCGUGUUCAUUGUUGUUGUUGGAGUAACUCAGCGCGACCGCCCAGCCGCUGCACCGCAAACUGGCCCUUACGACUUUGGCUACCAUGUCAUCGGCCACCCGACAUUCGCCGCUGGUAUCACCGCAGCAAGUACCAUCUUCUGCUCCGGAGCCGGUACAUCAGCUUUCCUACCCGUUAUGUCUGAGAUGCGGAACCCCCGCGACUUCAGCAAAGCUGUAAACUGGUGCAUGGGCAUCGUGACUGCUGCGUAUCUCUCCUUCAGUCUUGUCGUGUACAAAUGGUGCGGCAAGUGGGUUGCUUCCCCUUCUCUCGGAAGCGCUGGUCCCACCGUCAAAAAGAUCGCGUAUGGUAUAGGAAUCAUCGGAUUGUGUGUCAGUGGCGCGCUAUAUGUGCACGUUAGCGCGAAAUACAUCUUUGUCCGGAUUCUGCGCAAGUCGAGACAUCUCCAGGCCAACACAUUUGUACACUGGGGAACCUGGCUCGGCACUGUGGCCGCCACAACGCUUGUGAGCUUUUUGAUCGCCUCGGGAGUGCCCAUCUUCAACUAUUUGUUGAGUCUGGCAGGAAGUAUUGCGUUUGCUCCGUUGGCCCUUGGUUUUCCUGGCUGGCUUUGGAUUUACGACCACAAAGAUUACUGGAAGGGCAACUGGUGGCAGAAGAUCAUGUAUGGGCUGCAUGUUAUCCUUAUUGGUAUCUCCAUCUUCCUUACGAUCGGCGGGACGUAUGGCGUUAUUGUGCAGAUCAACGAUGCGUACGCCAAUGGUCUGAUCGAUUCGGCUUUUUCAUGCGCGGACAACAGUAACUCUUCUUAG